AUGCUGAAAUUACAUGUGUUAGAAUUAUAAAUAACGCAUUAUUUAUAAAUAAAAUAACUAUUUAAAUAAAAUAAUAACGAGUCUGUCUAUAAUAGUCAUUAGAUGCAGGCAAAUUAAGAUAACUUAACUCAAACAGUUUACUACAUUAAUACUGUUACUCAAUCAAAACAUUUUAACACUUACCGCUUCAUUUAUUUACAUUGUAAACGAUUGCUUAAAAAAUAACUUUAAAAAAAUAAAUAUUAUUUAUUAUUAAAGUACAGUUUUCAUUUUGACCGCGUAGUUUAUAAUAAUUUGUGAGAAUUUCUUCCUUUAUUCCAAAAAACAUGUCGAUGCCACAUAGCAGUUCUAGUACUACGAGUUCGAGCACUAAACGUAAAGAAAUAUACAAAUACCAAGCACCAUGGCCGCUGUAUUCCAUGAAUUGGUCGGUGCGACCAGAUAAAAGGUUUCGACUGGCACUGGGCAGUUUUGUUGAAGAAUACAACAAUAAGGUACAAAUAAUAUCUCUAGAUGAAGAAACAAGUGAGUUUAGUGCUAAAAGUACAUUCGACCAUCCAUAUCCCACUACAAAAAUAAUGUGGAUACCUGACAGUAAAGGUGUCUACCCAGAUCUACUGGCUACUAGCGGUGACUAUCUCCGCAUAUGGAGAGCUGGUGAGCCUUACACCCUAUUCGAAUGUGUAUUGAACAACAACAAAAAUUCAGACUUUUGCGCCCCACUCACAUCCUUUGAUUGGAAUGAAGUCGAUCCGAACUUGAUUGGUACAAGCAGUAUUGACACAACUUGUACUAUAUGGGGUCUAGAGACCGGACAGGUUCUAGGAAGGGUGAAUGAAGUUUCUGGACAUGUGAAGACACAGUUGAUUGCUCAUGAUAAGGAGGUGUACGACAUCGCGUUCAGCCGCGCAGGAGGCGGACGAGACAUGUUCGCGUCGGUGGGCGCAGACGGCUCCGUGCGCAUGUUCGACCUGCGACACCUGGAGCACUCCACCAUCAUAUACGAGGACCCCGCGCACACGCCACUGCUGCGAUUGGCGUGGAACAAGCAGGACCCCAACUACCUGGCCACCAUCGCCAUGGACGCGUGCGAGGUCAUCAUCCUGGACGUGCGCGUGCCGUGCACGCCCGUCGCGCGCCUCAACAACCACCGCGCCUGCGUCAACGGCAUCGCCUGGGCGCCGCACAGUUCAUGCCACAUCUGCACGGCGGGCGACGACCACCAGGCACUCAUCUGGGACAUCCAGCAGAUGCCGCGCGCCAUCGAGGAUCCCAUCCUGGCGUACACAGCGGCUGAAGGGGAGGUUAACCAGAUCCAAUGGGGGGCCACGCAGCCCGACUGGAUCGCCAUCUGCUACAACCGGCACACCGAGAUACUGCGCGUCUAACUGCGUACCGCUAACACUUUACUCGAACCUAUGUUUACCCCCCACUAUUCUAUAUUUCGGUUCGUCGUUAGUUAAAUCUGGUCUUAUUGAAAUUUAAAUUGAAUGCGACAUUAAGUUUUUUUUAAACAUCAACAGCCCAAUAAUUUUGUUUCUUCUAAUCGAUGUUAGUUUGCCCCUUCUUUUUCUCUUGGGUAACUGGUUUUAUUAUAGUAUAGUUUUCAAAAAGAGCACAACAGCAAAAAAACUAUAACGUUAACAAAAUAUAAAGGCCACAUUAAUUUAGGUAAGUUAUUUAAACAUCGUUAAAAAUCAACAGAAUCUCGAACAUGAGUUCCUUCAUUUGUAAUACCAAGAACAUUUGCCUCAUCGCCUGGAAAUGAAAUGAUUUUUAAUUUUAAAUAGUGAAUUAAUAUAGGUCUUUGUGUUUUUAAUUUUAAAUAAAAUAUACAAAUAACUAUCAGAAUACCUGAUAUCAAAUAUUUUGAUAUAAAUGCAGCGUUACAUAAAAAUAAUAGUUAUUCCGAUUUAAAUUAUGUUAUUUACCGUGGAUCGAUCAACAUUUAUAGAUAGUGAGCCAGUGUAAUUACAGGCACAAGGGACAUAACAUCUUAGUUCCCAAGCUUGGUGGGGCAUUGGUGAUGUAAGCGAUGGUUAACAUUUCCUACAAUGCCAAUGUCUAUGGGCGUUGGUGACCACUUACCAUCAUGUGGCGCAUAUGCUUGUCCGCCUUCCUAUUCUAUAAAAACAAAAGUUCCAGAAAUUACUUUAAUUGAACGCGUCCGUUCCGUGACGGGAACUGCACCCUUCUCGGAACAUGUAUGUCUCUCGAUGAACGUCACGUCAGUGUAAACGGAAUAAUAAUCUUAAACACACUUACAUUUGAUUGAUUUUCAAGUCUAUAUAGGUAGAUGACACAUGUAUUAAUAAAUGUAUUCUUAAUACUUAGAAUGUUUAAUUAAAUUUCUGCAUAAAAAUAAUAUUAUAACUUGGUAGUAAGGAACAAGGUUAAAAAAAUGUAACUGAUCGGCCUGAUUAUUUUUAUUAUUAUUGAUUUUUCCUGUUAGUAAUUAAUUGGUUCAUAUAUAUAUAUAUAUAU